AUUCAGGCCUUUGAAUUUUAAUUCAAACUCCAAGUCCACGUGCUUGGCCUUGCUUUCUCUUUCUCCCUUUAAGCUCAGUGGAAGUUGACUCCACUUUGACAGGUGUGUAUUCCUCCCUCCCCAGCUCCACGCUCAGCUGCUCGCCAGCGAAGUGGCUUCGAGUUCUCACGCCGUCCUUCCCUAGGGGCAGCGUGAUCUGAGGUCAGGGCUCUGGGCCCUGCAGACCUAAGGGCCAUCAGGAUGUGGCUUCUGUCCUGGGCCCUGCUGGGCUCCAGGGAAGGCAGUCGGGCAGUGUGGGCUGUCCUGUGAUGUCACCCUAAGACUCACCAGAGAGCUCUCAGAAACCAGGAGCCCAUUCCCAACACCCCAGCAGGCGGCUGGCCAGGAUCGCUCCGGAAGCCUGCGCUGGUCUUUGCUAGAAAUGGACGUUCCUGAGGCGCCCUCUGGUGGAUCUGACGGUCUGUAAAUUCCAAGUGAUGUCCAGGGUCCUCACGCCGCGGCCCAGCCCCUCCCCGGGAAACGGGACUCUGUACGAACAUUACAACUACGUGGGCAAGCUGGCCGGCCGGCUGACGGACGCCCCCGAGGGCAGCGCGCUCACCACCGUGCUGUUCCUGGUCAUCUGCAGCUUCAUCGUCCUGGAGAACCUGAUGGUUCUGAUUGCCAUCUGGAAAAACAAGAAACUUCACAACCGCAUGUACUUCUUCAUCAGCAACCUGGCUCUCUGCGACCUGCUGGCUGGCAUCGCCUACAAGGUCAACAUCCUGAUGUCAGGCAAGAGGACGCUGAGCCUGUCUCCCACGGUCUGGUUCCUGCGAGAAGGCAGCAUGUUCGUGGCCCUCGGGGCUUCCACCUGCAGCUUACUGGCCAUCGCCAUCGAGCGGCACCUGACCAUGAUCAAAAUGAGGCCGUACAAUGCCAACAAGAAGCACCGAGUCUUCCUUCUCAUCGGGAUGUGCUGGCUCAUCGCGCUCUCGCUGGGAGCCCUGCCCAUCCUGGGCUGGAACUGCCUGCAAAACCUCCCCGACUGCUCCACCAUCCUGCCCCUCUAUUCCAAGAAGUACAUCGCGUUCUGCAUUAGCAUCUUCACCGCCAUCCUGGUGGCCAUCGUGAUCCUGUACGCGCGCAUCUACUGCCUGGUGAAGUCCAGCAGCCGCAGGGUGGCCAACCCCCAGCACUCGGAGCGGUCCAUGGCCCUGCUCCGCACCGUGGUGAUCGUGGUGAGCGUGUUCAUCGCCUGUUGGUCCCCACUCUUCAUCCUCUUCCUCGUCGACGUGGCCUGCAAAGUGAAGGAGUGUGCCGUCCUGUUCAAGGACAAGUGGUUCAUUGUGCUGGCAGUGCUCAACUCCGCCAUGAACCCCGUCAUCUACACGCUGGCCAGCAAGGAGAUGCGGCGGGCCUUUUUCCGGCUGGUCUGCAACUGCCUGGUCAGGGCCCAGGGCACCCGCUCCUUGCCCAUCCAGCUCACUCUCGACCCGAGCAAGAGCAAGUCCAGUGGCAGCAACAGCAGCCCCUCCCCGAAGAGCAAGGAAGACAUUACCCAAACGGCCCCCUCACCCUGCAUAACUGACAGAAACAAAACCCUGCAGAAUGGGCUCCUCUGCAAGUGAGGGCGGGGCUCCCGGGGCAGGUCCUCGCAUCUCCACGGGAGGAGCAGCACCCAGCCCUGCCGCACCUGCUUAUUUUUUUUAAAUAUAUUUUUAUUGAUUUCAGAGAGGAAAGGGGAGGGAGCAAGACAGAAACAUCAAUGAUGAGAAAGAAUCAUUGAUCAGCUGCCUUCUGCACAACCCCCAAUGGGGAUCGAGCCUGCAACCCAGGCAUGUGCCCUGACCGGGAAUGGACCGUUACCUCCUGGGUCAUAGGUUGACACAACCACUUAUAAGUAUCAGCCUCGCCAGGGCUUUACCGAAGCUGAGACUCGGGAAAUCUGUUUUGCCAACAGCCUGCUGGGUGAGGCUGUCUCUUCAGGCUGGGACUCAAGGGCUCGCCAACCCAUUUCAGUGUAGACAGUGCUCUUUGUCCGUUUCCGGUCAAAAGCCUUCCAAGGGUACCAAGCUGCACGGGGCUUCACGGGGCCCCUGUGGCAUGUGCAGAAGCUGCCGCACUCAGUGCAGUUCACAGGUAACACGGACAUGUUCUGACCGUGCUGUUAGGACAUGACUGGGAACAGGUGACACCAGUCCCAGCCUCAGACAGACGUGAAGUCUGGAGUUGAGCAGGUGUUGAUGCCAAAAUUCUCAGAAAGCCCUGCCCAAGGCUGUCCCAGAGCGUGGAUCUGACCUCACACAGUCCUGACACGUGCCCAGGAGCAGGUCAGUGUUUGAAGGAUCCUGGCAAGAACAGCCGAGUUCCCCCAGGACCUGCCUCACCCUGCACAGUGUUAAGGACAUCCGGAGCCAAAUUAGCCAAAUUACAUGAUUAUUCAUGGGUUUCCCCAAAUCACAAAAAAGUCAACCAUGGUCCUUCAGGAGCCUGAGCCCCAGACCAACUAAGAAAGGCACCUAUUCGGAGAAGCCAGGACAGACCCCGGGGCCGCCUCAUCGAGUUGCCGGCAGCAGCCACCUGCUGAAUGGAACAUUUCUACUGAAUUCGGACAGGUUACGAGGCAUCGCUUUGAUCCUGUGUUAAGUUUGGUUCUGUAUCCGGAAAGCACCACGUCAGAACCCCGUGUUGUCACAGCUGAGGAGCUGGGCCAGCUGCGUGUCACCACUUCCGGAAGCUGCCCUGACAGUCACUGUUCCAGCAGCUGCAUUGUCAGGGGGCAGACGUGAGCUGGGGGCUGCGCCCUCCUCCAGGAAGUGUACCAUCACGAUCUUCCUCCGGCGCAGGCCGGCUGUGUCACUGUCUGCCUUACGGGGGGUGCGCCAGGCGCGCUCGUGCGGCUCGUCCCCAGGGAUUCUCCGUGAGCACAGACCAGAGCCACGUCUGUAGAGCUCUCAUACGCACACGGUUGACGUGCUGAGUUCUUGAAAAAUCAAAGCAAACAACCUUCAAAAGGGUUCUUACUUGGGGAACCUUCAUGAAGUUUUAGUUUCGGUGCGAAUGUUACCUGAGUAAAGACGGAAGGAGUAGUAUUAACACAUUAACUUCUCUGCAGAGAAAUUGACUCCUGUUUUUCUGACACGAGUUCCUGUCAUUAAGGGACAUUUCUGUGGUCCUGGCGCAUCUCUAUGGGGUGACCUCAUGUUAUUACUGACGACAUACAUCCUGUUCGUAAGGAGAGGUUCGUCAGUGGCAUUUUUUGUUACCUUUUUACAUCACUGAAAAAGGACUUAUUCCUUUACCCUGUAACAUGAGAAAACCCAGGGCAUUUCUUGCAAAGUUAAGCAUUAAGGUACGGGGUUCAGAAAAAACACACCAGACAGCCAAAAUGGUGGGCAUUCCCUUUCGCUGAGGUCACGGCGUGCCUGUCAUGGUUCGAGUUGGUUUGGGGCCCAGGUCUCGGGUGCUAAUAAUAGUAACACUUUGCACCAUAGCCACAACUUCCGUUUGAAAUAACACAAGACGUUCAAACAAUCUGAAUGAAAAGUACUCACAAGAGUAAUUGUGUUCAUUUGAUAUGUGCAAAAAAUAAUCAACUGUAACAUGCCGUGUGCACUCCUAACAAGCCAGCCCAGAGGUCUGAGUGCUCAGCCACAGACAGCCUGCCCAGAGGUCUCGUUCAGUUAGUAACCUGCGUUACGUCCCAUGUAUGUGUGUUAAACAAUAAAACCAAAAGCCUUUGUGUAAA